AUGUCUUCCAUCGGUCAAAUUGCAAUGACGCAGGUUCUAGUACGCCGAAAGCGAGCUUCUCAAAGAUGUGACAGGCAACUAUGGGACCAGGCUGCAAAGGCACUGAAAGAGGACAAUGAUUCUACAAUGGAUCUCAGUGUCCUCAAUGGCGGGGUCCCAAUCAAUGACGUACAGGCUACAGUACAAAAAACGCUAGACCAGUGCGUGAGGAAGAGAUGGGUAUAUACCAGGAGCAAUGGUGAGAAAGUCGUUCUCUACAAGAUCCUCGAACGGAUUGUCAAAUGGGUGAAUAAAUUUAAAGAGGUCGGUGACAUAACAAUGCAAUAUGAUCCCGCCCAUGCCGCAUUACCGUGGGCAGCAGUGCGUUUCCUGCUCCAGGGUGCUGUCAACAGUGUCGAGACAUUCGGUAUAAUGGCCGAGGGCGUAGAACUCACGUCAAGGAUUAUCACCAUAUAUGCCGAGGUUGAGAAGACUUGUUUGAAGGGAGUUUCUAAGCUUAAAACACUUCUUGCCAGCAGACUCAUUACACUAUACACCGCUGUUCUUAAAUAUCUUGCAAGAGCUGGCCAUUACUUCAGUCAAAGCACGGGGAAAAGAGUUUUAAAGGGUGCCUUGCAAACCUUCCAAUCCAGCGUGUCGCCAUGGCUGAACGGGAUAAGGGAGGCUGAGGCAGACGUCUCAAGACUGGUGGAGCUUGUUCAAGCUGAAGAUCAGAAGAACAUACUAUUUGCUAUGAAGAACGCAAUUCAUAAACUUCAGGACAGUAUAACCAGCCCCAAAUUACCGGAUGAUGAACGGCGCCGCCGAGUUCACAAAUGGCUAGAAGCCAUCUCGACGAUUGAGAAAUAUCAAGCUUCACAAGCACUUCGUCAUGGCGAGACUUGCAAUUGGAUAUUUGCCCGCCAAGAAUUUCAAGAUUGGAUAUCCCCAACCAAUGCGAUUGACAAAUGUAAGCUACAGUGGAUCCAUGGAGGUCCCGGAUUUGGUAAGACUAUUUUAUGCGCAAGAAUUAUCGAUUAUUUGACCGCUAACAGCUCACAUCCGGUGGUACAUUUCUUUUGUGUGGCCGAUGAAGACGCCAGACGUGAGCCAGAUGCAAUCCUCCGAUCAUGGAUUGACCAGCUCGCACAGGCCAGUGUGGAUGCAUUGGAUAUUGUGUUUGAUGUCUACAAAGCGAAUGAGCUCCGAUCACCCACACCCUUUGACUUGUGGAAGCUCUUCAAGACGCUGGCCCAAGAGGUGAGGUGCACCUUCGUCGUCGAUGGUAUGGAUGAAUGUACAACUAUCAACAAAACUUCUCGAUAUCGCACCACAGAUGCCCGUUCCAAAUUCCUUGAAUCCCUGAUACAGGCAUCAAAGGGGACAAAGGCGCGAAUUCUUAUUGUUAGUCGUGACAGCGAGGAUAUACGAGAACAACUGGGGAAGCUCUCUAUUGAUACAAAUCCAAUGCUCUUUGAGUAUGGUAUCUCGGUAAAUGAUACUCAAGACGACAUUUGUCUGUGCUCUGCCCAUAUGGUGAACACAAAACUAGCCAGAAAGCCAGCAGAGCUGAAGUCACAACUGGCCAGCGAGGCCGCGCAUAGAUCAGACGGAAUGUUUCUUUGGCUUCAUCUACUUAGUCGGGACUUGGAUCCAGGGGAGAACGCUAAGAGGCUUCGCAGGAUUGUUUCUGAAAUGCCUGCCGGGAUUGACAUGGCUUACGAGAGAGAUCUUGAGAAGGUUGCAAACCUUAAAUCCUACCAAAAAGAACGAGCAAUUACCAUUCUGCGAUGGAUUCUCUUCGCUGCCCGACCACUUACAGUCCGCGAGCUUGCUGAAGCAGUCGCCAUUUCUAGCGCUGAAACUGAAGGUACUUAUCCGGAGGAUGAACUCCCCACCUCAUGGCGUGAGGGGUUUGUUGACGAAGAAUAUGUGAACGCAUACAUUCGCCGAUCUUGUGGGUCAUUGGUCGAGCUACGUAGCAAUGGAAUCGAUGAAUCAUUGGCUUUACAAACCCUUCACUUUGUUCACUUCUCUGUCAAAGAGUAUUUGCUCCGGCCUGAUACAUCUGCUCCGGGCCGGUCUAGAUUCGAAGCUAUCUGCUUCCCCGAUGGUGUACGGGAGCAUAAUCGCCUAGCGCAACUCUGUUUGCAAUAUCUUUGUUAUGAUGUUUUUGGUGGGAGAGAUCAGGACGAAAUUAUGGGAACAGAUCAGCAUUAUCCUUUUCUUUCUUAUGCUGCCCGAUACUGGUAUACACACGCGUUGCACAAUCAGAUAAUAUCAGAGGACAUUAUGCGAUAUGCGCAAAAGCUUUUUAAUCCCGCUACAUCAAACUGGAGAGUUUGGUCCAAAGUUUUUGACAGGGAGUUGGGGUCCAGUGAAGAGGACCACAACCCUUCACUGUCGAGUGAAUGCAGCACCUGUAGCGAGAAAGCGCAAGAUCAAGAGCAAGACGGAGACCAAGACCCAGACCAAGACCCAGACCAAGACCCAGACCAAGACCCAGACCAAGACCCAGACCAAGAUGAUGAUGAUGAUGAAGAAGAAGAAAUGGCCGGGAAUACUGAUAAUGACCUUGGACAUAAAGAUAGGCCCUUGCUUUCCACACAGACAACAGGCGGUGAGCUUGAAGAGGCAUCGAACCGUGUGGCUUCAGUGCCACAAGCUAAUGGCAGCGAACAAUUUGACGAGCUUUGGCAACUGAAGGACCCAAGUCCCAUAUAUUAUGCAUCUAUGCUUGGUCUCACAGACAUCGUGAAAGCGUUGCUAUCCCAGGGUUUCAAUUGCGCAACACCAGGUGGAAAGUUCGGAUUUCCUCUACAAGUUGCAGUGGUCUAUGGCCAACAGCAAAUCUUAGAGUAUCUACUUGAACAUGGCGCGGAUGUCCGCCAGCGUGGUGGUUUGUACGGUUCGGCUGUGGGUGCAGCAGCAGCGUUAGGGUUCGACACGAUCAUGGAGAUCUUGAUAAAAGCAGGAGCCGACCUUCAAUGCGAAGACAAAAAUGGUCGGAAUUCGCUGCAUAGUGCUUGCCAUGCUGGGUCAAUAACAAUUGUGAAGAAGAUCCUGGACUUGAGAGUAGAUCUCAUGAAGGCUUCUAGAUUUGGAAAAACCCCGCUUUUCGAGGCGGUUGAGUCGGGACACUGCGACAUCGUUUCCUUGCUCCUAGAUUACGGAGUAGAUCCGAAUACUAGAGAUGAUGAAGGUUCAACUGUGCUUCUGGCUGCGGUAGCGCAUGGCUUCAAAGAAGUGACCGAAGAGUUGAUAAAGCAUGGCGCUGACGUGGAAGCGAGAAACAUUGAUGGGAUCACAGCCCUCCAAUGGGCUGCAUAUCACGAUAAUGCGGAGCUUGCUACACUCUUGCUGACAAGCAGCGCUGAUAUAGAAGCCUUGGAUGAUGAUAACUGGAGUGCCUUACACUAUGCCGUGUCUUCAAAAGGCAACACCGUGGCAAAGAUACUACUGGAAAAAGGCUCAAAGGUUGAAGUCUCGACCAACGAUGGUUGGUCACCUCUGCAUAUCGCGGCUGAAAACGGGCAUGAAGAGCUACUACCUUUACUACUGCAGAAAGGUGCAGAUCUUGAGGCCGAAAAUGCUUUAUCUUGCACAAGUCUUUUCUCGGCGGUGUGGACAAGCAAAUAUGAGUGCGUUAAGACACUUCUGGCCCACGGUGCUGAUAUUUUCAAGACAUCGGCCAACGGUAAAAUGGUUUUAGAUGAGGCACUUGAGCAGGAAGACAAGGACAUGAUAUAUCUCUUACUUGAACAUGGAGCAUUGUGUCACCUUGCAACUUCCAGCCAGUCAGGGGACCCUUUAGAGAUCAGCGAAGAAAGGAAAGCACUGUCCUCUUCGGUAGCGAAAGCAUUUCUAAAUGGAGAUUCAAGUGAAACUUUGCACCUAAUUGAAAACAGCGACAAGGCUCAUUUCCAGGACCUUCUGGACGACGCAAUAUUGCUAGCGGCAUUGUUCAACGCAAUCCCCUUGGCCGAGACGCUUUUGACCAAAGGCGCGAGUCUCGCCGCGAUGACUUUCAACAAGCGAACACCCAUCCAUCUUGCUGCAUCCCGUGGUUUUGCAGCUAUGGUCCAAAGCCUCAUGGACCACGGUGCAGACAUACGCGCAAAGGAUAUCGUUGGCUCACAACCCCUGGAUCUAGCCGUCGUCCGAGGUCUCCGUGCGCUCGAUGCCUCCAAACUGCUGGUCGAAAAUGGUGCGCUUGCGCAAAUGACCGAAAACAUUGCUCCCCUGGACGCCGGUCUGAAGAAAAAGCUACAAGGUUCCUGGACCGGAACCUACACCUACGCAUCCUGGGAGAAAGAUCGGAUCGAUCCGACAAGCCUGACGCUCAUCUUUGUAUCCGACGAACCAGAAACCAAUCCUCGACGACCUCCUUUGUGGAAAUGCGAAACCAGCGAUACAGUCGGCGACUUUCAGGUUCUGGGUCAUCUGCUGCCUGAAAGUAACGAGGUCAGGUUCAUCAAACUUUACGAGACAUUCGGCUGGCUAUAUCUUGGAACGUUGGAAGCGGAGGCCAUCAGCAUUAGUGGUACUUGGGGCAGUAAUACGACGCUGAGGCAUGGUUCGUUUAAGAUUCAAAAGGACCGAUAG